AUGGAGCUUAGCCAUCUGAUCGUUGACGCCGUGUGGCGUCCAAGCUUCUUGUUGAAGUACCAUGAACUACAAGACCAUCUGCAGCCCUCUUCUGGUCGAAUUGGCCCUCCUUCGUGGGACUAUUCUUUUCUGAAUCCUCGCAACCGGGUUGAGACCCUCGACACUGCCUCUUCUCGCUGGCGGAUUGAUGGAGCAACAAUAUGCGGCACUUGCGUCUAUGUUAUCCCGCUGGAUCUCCUCCCGAAUCUGCCGCCUCUGCGUAUCCUGCUCUACAUUUCUGAUCAGACGGAAUACCCGGCCGCGCUGCGUCAUAGUCUCGAUGCCUCUAUUGGCGUGCCUCUACGAGACGGAAAUGCGAUUUCUCAGCUUGGCUUAGCAAAGCAUCUCUGUCGUGCACUGGACCACCAUUGUGCCCAGAACCCGGGCUUCCUUCAGGAAUAUCUCAAAUUACCAUUUGGCUCGAGGCUUAUUUUUGAGGACAUAACUCCAGAGGUUGCGGACAUGAGGCUAGAUAUUGAGCGGGAUUAUCACGUUGAAUCAAAUAUGAAAACACUUGAUACCCUCCAACGUUCAUGGUCUGAUGUUGCUAGAGGCACCUGGCCGCCAGCGGUGGAUAUCAACAACUUGUGUCUUGUGAAGCAGCUUAACGAAGCUGUAAGCCUGGUGGAGGUUCCUGGUCAACCUGCUGCCAUUUUCAAGGCGGCAAGCAACUCUUUGCAUCAUACGUACCAUGAGCUUCGUUUUCUCCUGAGUUGCUCCCCACAUCCCCACAUUAUGCCUCGGCCUCUGGCUGUUGUGACUAAAAAGAGUGCGUUCGGUGGCAAAAAUGGUGUAGUUGGCUUUCUUCUCCAACAUUUCCAGGGAGGUUCGCUUCGUGAUAUCCUGCCGGCUCGACAGCGCUCCGCUACUCUAUCGGACUCUGUCAAGCUUCGAUGGUGUCGCCAAGUAGCGUCAGCACUGGCCCAUCUGCACGAACAUGGCGCAUUUUAUUCUGACCUGCGACCCGACAAUGUGCUGUUAGAUGCCGAGGAGAACGCCGUUCUCUGCGAUUUCGAACAGCGGGGUAACUGGUAUGAGUGGUGUGCUCCUGAGAUCCGUUACCGACAGUACGCCGAGAACAUCCGCGCCCGUCUUCCUAAUCGUGUCGUUAACUCCCCCUACGACCGUUUACUCAAAGGAUAUGCAGGCUCGCACUCAAUGUCUACAUCAGCGUGCUAUACGCUAGCGGAGAGCCCAAUCGAGGCGCGGAAUCGCGCUUGGUUUGCCCUGCCGCCGUCUGCGCGUGAAAAAGCAACCGUGUAUAACCUUGGCUUGUUCAUAUACUCUGUUUUCGAAGGCCUUAGCAACGUUCAGCGCAACGUUGCAAAUCAGUUUCCGAUCGAGCCAGAGGUGGAGUUUCCAACUUACCGACGGACACCAGCUGUAAUAAGGGAAAUCAUUCAGCACUGUAUGGGUGACACGCCAAACUGGCACACAGCGGGGCUGCGGUCCGAAUCACCACGAGUGUUGAGAGUAAACGGCUUGCUAUACCCGGAGACGCAGACCAAUCUUGAACCCGAUACGCGCGCAAGUUUCGAUGCCGUCAUGGAAACCUUACUCAAUUUUUGGAAUACGGAGCUGAUGCAGGCAGAGAAAUUCCUGGACGAUCCCAAUUGGAAAACCGGUGAUUUUGGGAGAGGUAGAGCGUCACUACGUGAUGUAGUGGAUACUCUUGGGAGCCUGUCGGAAGAUAUAUGCCGGUAA